UUUGGCGUGCUUUUGCACAAUUAAUGUGAUUUUUGCUGUUGUAUAUGCAUGUUGAUAAUUUGUCAAACCGUGGCUGGGACGACUUGGUGGAGUACCGACAGACAGGGUUCUGUGUGCCUGCUGCGGUACUGGCCUACGGUUUCCCUGAUUUUCUUUCUCCAAAACCUGCUUCGGUCCAUUGGAGGGUUGAGACCCCGCGCCACAAUGAGGACAGGCUGACACCUAGUGGACAGGGUCCGCAACUCCUCCAGGCCAGGGCCCUGGAGAAGAAAGUCACCCCAGCUGUCUGGGCAAAUCCGCAGUCUUCCCCGCCCCAGCCUCCAGGGAGCCAGGCGUCUAGGGCUGGGACUGUCUAAAGGAGGACUGUGACAGCCGCUUGGCCUCCGGAGCCCAGGAGCGAGCGGGGAGCGGUGAUGAUGGGUGACUCAACAGCUCCUGAGCACCACUCGGGCGGGGAGAAGCUUGUAAACACUCGGUGUGGGCCCAGCGGGCCUGGGCGGAGCCAUUGUCCGAGGCGGGGCUUCCGAUCCCUUCCCAGGACCAGGGUUUGUAGGGGACGCGGAGUGAUGGGUCCCGCCCAGAUCCGCCCAGAAAGGAGUUGAGGGCGGAGAGAGGGUUCUCGCGAGCCCGCCCAGGGCGGGCGAGCGGGCGACACCGGGAAAGUUGGGACGCGAGUUAAGGGGCCGUGGGAGCGCUGGCGGCUGGGGACUCUUCUGGCCGUCGGGAGGCGCCAGCGAGGGAUGCCUCUGCCGCGGCGCCCCCGGACAGCCCCUUCCCGCCUGAAGUUGGCGGGAUCCGGGCGGGGCUGGAGAGGCCCCGGGGAAAUGGGGCUCGCGCCCUCCGCGCGCAGAGGCGCCCAAGGGGCGGGGGCACGGCCGGCUGGCAGGCCAGGGAGGAGCGAAGGGGCCUAGAGGGCUCCGCGAGAACUGAGUGGGGCUGGCGGCCGGCGGGCGCGGGAGCCCGGUUCGCAGAACACCCCGAGGAGGCGGCCUAGAGGGCGGACAGACGGUCAGCAGGGAGGGCCGGCAUGCUGCCCCUGCUGCACCCCGCCUGGCCGCUGCUCCUGGGCGCCACGCUGACCUUCCGGGCGCUCAGGCGCGGGCUCUGCCGCCUGCCCCUGCCCGCGCACGUGCGCACCGACCCCCUGCGUACCUGGCGCUGGCACAACCUGCUGGUCUCCUUCACCCACUCCAUCGUGUCGGGGAUAUGGGCGCUGCUGUGUUUAUGGCAGACGCCUGAGAUGCUGGUGGAGAUUGAGACAGCGUGGUCGCUCUCCGGCUAUUUGCUCGUUUGCUUCUCUGCAGGGUAUUUCAUCCACGACACGGUGGACAUUGUGAUUAGUCGUCAGGCCAGAGCUUCUUGGGAAUACCUGGUUCACCAUGUCAUGGCCAUGGGCGCCUUCUUCUCGGGCAUCUUUUGGAAGAGCUUUGUUGGCGGAGGUGUCCUAACACUGCUGGUGGAAGUCAGCAACAUCUUCCUCACCAUGCGCAUGAUGAUGAAGAUCAACAAUGCCCAGGAUCUCCUCCUCUACCGGGUUAACAAGUAUGUCAACCUGGUCAUGUACUUCCUCUUCCGCCUGGCCCCUCAGGCCUACCUCACCAACUUCUUCCUGCAGUAUGCAGGCCAGAGGACCCUGGGCUCCUUUCUGCUGGCCAUCCUGCUCAUGCUGGAUGUGAUGAUCCUCAUCUACUUUUCCCGCCUUCUGCGCUCUGACUUCUGCCCUGAACGUGUCCCCAGCCAGCAACACAAAGACAAGUUCUUGACUGAAUGAGAGAACAGAGCCUGGGACAUGUGGCAAGGACAGCAAACACAGCCAGAAGAGAAGCAGCCUCACUUACAAGCUGGGUCUCUACCCCAUGCCUGAACACCCACACUAUUGAAAACACUAAUGAAAGCACUCCUCUGAAGCCUUAAAAUCUUUUCUUGGGAAAUGGCUGAGGGAAGCAGACAAACCGGUUGGACGUGGUAUGUGGGUGUGAGGACAAGGAUCCAACCCACACUGACCUGAAAUGGAUGCUAACGACAAUUCUAAACUUCCAGGGAUAAAGGAAGCGGGGAUCCUGUAAAGCUUGUUCCCUUGUCCCUAUGAGUUGUCCUAGGACAAAUAACCUUCAUCUGAGUAAUAAAUAGCUCUGGUGGUACCUACGCUCUCACUGCCAGGGUUAUUAAUGAGCA